AUGGAAGCUGAAAAAGUGCAGACGAAUCUGAAGAGCAGUGAUGAAAUAAGAAUUGUGCUGAUUGGAAAAACUGGAGUAGGAAAGAGUGCAGCAGCAAAUACCAUCCUGGGAGAAAACAAGUUUAAUUCAGAUCUGUCCUCCUCCUCUGUGACCAAAGAAUGUGAUAAAGCCAAAGGAAAUGUCAAUGGGCAAAAGGUGGCCAUUAUUGACACUCCAGGCUUGUUUGACACAAAAGAGGGACAAACUAUGAUUGAGGCAAAGAUUAAAAUGUGCAUAUCGCUCUCUGCACCAGGCCCUCAGGUUUUUCUUGUGGUUGUGCAGCUUGGGAGAUUUACAGCAGAGGAAAAAAAUACUGUUGAACAAAUUCAGAAAAUCUUUGGUGAACAAGCAUCAAAAUACACCAUGGUGCUGUUUACUCAUGGAGACAGGCUGAAGCGUGGACAGAAAAGCAUCCAUUACUUUGUUAAAGACAGUCCUGAACUGCUGAACUUCAUCAAGACUACAAGUGGACGAUACCAUGUUGUUGACAAUGAAGCAAAUGAUCCAAACCAGGUCAACAUGCUGUUUGAACAGAUAGACCAGCUUGUGACUGUAUUACAGAACGGUGAAGAGUAUUACACAAACGAAAUGCUUCAGGCAGCUGAGAGAGCAAUAGAGGAAGAAAAAGAAAGACUUAUGCUGCAACUAAAAAUGAGUGAACAGGAAGCGAGAGACAGAGCGGAAAGAAACAAUAAGUUUCUGAAAGCUGGUUUGGCAGUGGCUGGAGGUGCUGCUGCUGUUGCUGUUGUUGUAAAAGCCUGCCAACUUCAAUGA